AUGGGCACCCAAGCCAAAAUCGCCUUGGGUUCGUCCAUCGCGUUGAGAUUCGUCUCAUACGUGUUUUUGCGAUGGUUUCCUGGUCCAGCUGCUGUUCCCUUGAGCAUUUACACCAUUUUCGCCAUUUUCGUACCAUCCUUCAUUUUGGGAUACUUCAAGGAGCCAAAGUACGAUGUGAUUGAGGACGAGGUCGACAUUACGAUGAAGGAGGCCAUCUCAGAGGUCGACGAGGAUGAGGUUGCGACUGGUGACCAAAACGGUCAUGUUGUCGCUGAAGAGAUCCAGAUUGAGGAGACCAUCGUUGUCAGAGAGAAAUCGCGACCCUGGGUUACUCUUCUCGCAGGCUCACCUAGCCCGAGCAGCCCCAUCUUGUCCAUCUUGACAUUCCUCAUCAAUGUGGUGUUGGUCGCAAUGACCACCGACUUCUUGUUCCGCGUUCGGCAAUACCACCCAGUCGACGAUCUCUCAUUCGUACGUCUUGGCUACGUCUCGCACACGGAAGCCAAGUUCGUUUUGCGCGAGCCAGACCAAGCUAAGAUGCCCGUCACGGUUGAGAUACACAUCAAAGACCCCCAGCCUCCCUUCGACAACCCCCUGUGGCAGAUCGGCGGUGGCUUGAGAUUCACCGACAACACAACCGACUUCACAGCUACUCUUACGGUCCCGCUGAAACACUCCCAACAGAGAAUUUACGAAUGGAGAACUUCCAACAACCACAGCGGAGAGUUCGUUGCUCCUCCUAAGCCGGGUCAAAUGUCGGCUUUUGCAGACAACAAGUUUACUUUCCUCUCGACUUCUUGCAUUCUUCCGAGAUUCCCUUACAAUCCUCUUGAACAUCCUCUGGCUAUCCCGGGAAUGCGAUAUCUUGCGAAGGUGUUGCCCAAGUUGCAAGCGCAGUUCAUGCUGUUCUUGGGCGAUUUCAUCUACAUCGACGUCCCCAAGCGACAGGGAAAGAACGAAGAGGAUUAUCGUCAGAAGUACCGUCACGUUUAUGCUUCUCCCGACUGGGCACCCGUUGGCCAGAACCUCAGCUGGAUUCAUGUGCUCGACGACCAUGAGAUUGGCAACGACUGGGAUCUGAACACCACUGGAGUCUACCGAGCCGCCAUUGACCCCUGGCAUCAUUACCAGGAACUGGCGAACCCUCCUCCAGCUCGUGUUGCUGGAACUAGUAACCUGCGAAGAGAGGGUGCGACGUGGUUCGAAUUCCUUCAAGGUCCCGCCAGCUUCUUCAUGCUUGAUACUCGCUCUUACCGGUCCACUAACUCUCUGCCCUACGAACACCCGGAAAAGACGAUGCUGGGCGCUGAACAGUUGGCGGACUUUUUGGACUGGCUCAACCGCCCGGAACCCAAGGGCGUGAAGUGGAAGAUUGUCGCGUCCUCAAUUCCUCUCACCAAGAACUGGCCCGUGAACACCAGAGACACCUGGGGAGGCUUCUUGGUCGAGAGACGCAAGGUUCUCGAAGCCAUGUGGGAUGCUGGUGCGAGAGGCAUCGGUGUUGUCGUCGUAUCUGGCGACCGACACGAAUUCGCAGCAACCAAGUUCCCUCCGCCAGUCGGUGAGAGAUGGCCUGAGACGGCAGCCGCGUAUGAAUUCUCUUGCAGCCCGCUCAAUCAAUUCGCUUCACCCCUUCCAACCUACAGGCAGUAUGACGACGAGGAUAUUGCUCUGAAGUACGUUCAUUCGGGAAACUCCAAGUUUGGAUCUCUUACGAUCGAGAAUUUGGCCGAAGGUGAACAGAGCUCCCUCAAGUAUAGUCUCUACGUGGAUGGCGAGGAGACGUGGAACACCAUGAUUUUGGCACCUCCUGCAGUUGGCGGCGAGAAGACUUCAUUGUGGAACAAGCUGAAGGGCAACUAA